CAUCACUGUUUACGUUCUCCAUGAACAGGCGCUCGGCAUCCCAUCCUGCAUCUCAUCUCAAUCCACACGUGCAUCGCACAUCUUCGCGUGCCCGUACUCACACAGGGUCUCAGCGCUUGUCUGAUCUAUAAAGAGCAGCACAUCGAGCUCGUUCUUCCCCUCCGACAAGGAACAUAUACACCAUGAUCUUUCCCACGUACUUUUCCCUAGUCGCUUGUCUGGCUCCCCUCGCUUUCGCUGUGCCUACUAGCCAGCCAGCCAAGCGUGCCCUCCCCAGAUUGGGAGGUGUCAAUCUCGCUGGAUGCGAUUUCGGUAUCAACACCUCUGGUAGUGUCGACGGCUCUGCCACUUGCCCCGACAGCAGCCAGAUCAGUCACUUUGUCAACGACGGUGCCAACGCCAUCCGGAUUCCCUUUGGCUGGCAGUAUAUCACUCCUUCUUGGGACUCUCCCUCGCUCUCCAGCGACUUCUUUUCCGCAUACGACAAGCUUGUCCGCGGUGUCCUUGAUGCCGGCGCUUAUGCCAUGAUCGAUCUUCACAACUAUGCCCGUUGGGAUGGCCAGAUUGUCGGGCAGGGUGGACCUACCGAUGACAACCUCGCGGCCAUGUGGACACUUCUCGCCAAAAAGUACGCCAAUGACGACAAGGUCAUUUUCGGUAUCAUGAACGAGCCCCACGACCUCGACAUCAACACCUGGGCGACCACCGUCCAAACUUCUGUCAACGCCAUCCGAGCCGCCGGCGCCACCUCACAAGCUAUCGCUUUGCCUGGCACCGACUACACCGCUGUUGGUGGAUGGGGUGGAGGGAAAAACGACGCGUUGCUCGCCGUGACAGACCCCUCGCACGGGAGUGACAAGUCCCUCUUGCUCAUCGACGCUCAUAUAUACCUGGACUCUACCUCUGCUGGCACCGACACCGAAUGUACCCACGAUGGGACCGACGAUUUGAAGUUGCUUGCCACUUGGCUCUCAAAGAAUGGAAGGAAAGCGAUCAUCUCCGAGACCGGCGGUGGUAACACCGACUCUUGCAAGAAAUACCUCGGCCAAGAGCUCAAAUACAUCACGGACAACUCUAAUCUCUUCGCCGGCUUCACCAUCUGGUCUGCUGGCGCGUUCGGUUCCAACUAUGAGCUCAGUAUCACGCCUGUGAACGGGGUAGACAACGAUCUGUUCAACACCGCUAUCAAGCCUUAUUUGCCUGGUGCUUAAGGCGGUUGCUAUACAAGAGCCAGAUUACAUCAUAUUAUGUCUUUGAUAAUCAGUUCUAGCUCGGCGCAAGCGAAGCCGAAUAAUGGCCAAGUGAGAAGAAAGUAUUUGAAGUGAUAAUCAUAAAGAACAUGCAAGUCUCCUAUUUGUG